GUUUGUCUCGCGUUGCCUUUCUCGGGGCCGGAUCCCUACGCAAACAGCCGUCUCUAUCGUGCUUCGACUCUGUCGAACACCCAUCCCCUUGUCCAAGGCACCAUCUCUCCUGAGGCCUUUUUGAAUUUAAUCACUUUCUGGCAAAACAAAUCCCCGUUGAUUCGGACCUUGCGCUCACACAGGAACUGGAGUGUGUGGAAGUUAAAUGUCAUCGGUUGCCAUGAGUGAGGAGCGGGCCUCCGAAAUUGCCCCAACGGCAGCGCCAGAAUCACAGACAGCACCCCGCCCACGUUGCCCGUAGCCGGGACUAGUCCACAUGCAAAGAGGGAUGAUUGCCACGAGUCACCGCUAGCGUCUGAGUCUGACCUACCGAUCGCGACAAAGAAAUUAAUAUUUGCACGUCACAGCCACGUGGACGUGACACGUCGUACUAAGCAGCCGCCUCGAGUCUUGACCACCGGCAAUUCAUGAGUUCAUCCAAUAUCGAUGCAGCAAGUGUGAAGGCUCUUCUUGAUCGCCUCAGGGGGUCUCAAGCAUGGCAAGACGCAGUCAACUCCCAAGCCUCUACAAGCGGGGUUGUUCAAACGGUGCCUUCCCCUCAAGAUAAGCAUACACCAGAUCCUGGGAUCCCCGCCCCGUCUGUCGCGUUGCUUCUCUCACAGUUAAACGCCACCCCAAGCACCAACACGCAAUCUGAGCCGCAACUGGCACGUAGUCGACCAUAUGGACCCUCGUCGAUCCCAGUUCCAACUCUAUCAGCACGAGGACAGACUCUGGCGCCGGUCUCAAACACCGCCCCUCCUGUAAUCGAAGAUGUCCGAGGGAUGUCUUUCCAGCAGGCUCUUCCGAGGCUCGGUGAACUGGCCGAGGAUCCAGCUGUGGUCGCAGCCAUCCAACGGCUCAAACAAGAGCAAGACAGAUUAGAGCGCCUGCUUUGGGACGAGCGCACUGCCAUCCGCACUAAAUUCGAAGAGAAGGUUCAGGUCGCCAAGAACAAGGCCACCAUGAUCGGUGUCGGACUGUCCAAGCACGAAGCAGAUAUGCUUGUUUCGGGAUAUGAAAAGGAACUGGCACGAUUCGAUUCUGAACGUGUGGUUCCGGCCUGGGACGGAUUGGUCUCAAACCAGCAGUCGGCGUUGGCCCAAUUGGGGAUCCCCACCAUGUUUCCCACUACUGUCAGAACAGACGCCGAGCGCCAGCAGCGUGUGAUACAAGUUUUAGAGGGUAUCUUAGGCUGAAUGUUAGCCAUGUCCGUCAAUGGCCUUGUUUCCGGCCCGUAGUCCGUUGAUGCGUAGAUACCAUUAUUUCGUUCGGGCUCCUUCCGCUUGGGCCACGCGCCAAUUUCCACGCGCCGAUGAAUAUCCGCAUCGCGUUCCGCUGUUCGUUGUCAGGCCGCUUGUACCUUCUCCAAAAUGAAGUCAACGGAUGUGCAGUGAUCCAGUGAUCGUGACUCCGAGGAUGACCAGUUUGGUGUCUGGAUGCGAUCGGCCGCGUAGCAAGGUUCCUCCGGAGACCGUCUCGGACUCACUCAGGGAUCGAAGAUAGCAGCUCGCUUUUCCUCUGCACUUAGGCCAUGGUCUCGACGCGCUAAAUCCUCUUUUGGACUGGACACUAUUUUGCAAUUAGCCCUUCCUCACAAUGCCUUUCGUCGACCUGCAAAGCUCGAACGACUUUGCUUCCAUCUUCUACCAAACCAACUCACCUUCGGGCAACGUGGGCGGCUUCGACCCCAGUAAACCGCUCGUCUGCAUUCUGCACCCCACAUUCCUCGAUUCUUCAUGGGUCUACUCUCAGUUUGAAGACCCUCGCCUGGAUUCGGAGUUCAAUCUUAUCGCAUUCGACAUGCGGGUCGCAGGGAAGUCGGAGUGUCGGACGAGUGGAAAGCACGACAGUUGGGUGGACGCAGCGGAUUUGGCCCUUUGCCAUCAGUUUCUGAAGCUUCCCCCGCUCCACAUUCUCGCUCUCGAAAGCAAUGCUAUCAACUGCGCCCUCCGAUUCGCGGCUCUAUUUCCAGAACUAUGUCUCAGUCUGGCGUUGUGUAACGUGCCAGCGCCCACCGAACUCAAAUGGAUCUACACGGCGUACGAUGAACUGAUACAGACCUGGUGCUUUGCCGAGGAUUUAGAGUCCUACGAGCACAUUGCCAUGGAAGCGGUCACUCUGACUCUGGGGCCUGACACUCCGCCCGACUUGCGGGAUCAGCUCAUCGCCUACUGGGAAGUCACAAGCCAUCCAAGGCGACGCACACGACUUCUUGAGCAGGCGAAUAUCCUGAUGCAUCGAACACCUCUUCCGACGUCCGCCUUCACGCACAUCACACAGCCUGUUCUCAUAAUUCAUGGAGAUGCGAACGAGGCAUGUCCUCGGAAAUAUGCUGAACGCUUAGCCAAUGAGCUCAAGGCGGUGUUAUACACUGUCAAAGGUGGCGGAGGCUAUCUAAGCAUUCCUCUUGGCACAGCGUCCAUCGUGAACCAGGUCUACACCAAAUUCAUUUCCCGUCUGCCUCACGUCGAGUCCGACUUUCCUGCGAGCAUACGGCCAGUCGAAGACCGAAUGCGGGAGGCUCUCGUCACACUGGAAACAAUCACGGGAGACAAUCUGCGAACGCGAGAUCCGAUGUCGUCCCUUUCCUUCAGCUGUCUCUCUGAAGAGAUCGUGCAGCGGCAGAGCCAAGCGCUGGAAGCCUACAAAAGGGGGCAAAGCACGGCGUUCCUGCCUCUUGGACCGACAGGGAGACCAAUUCGGAGAUACUCGGAGCGACCCCGCGAUGAUUGGUUCGAGAGCAAGUCGGAAGGCAUAUCAUAUGCAGGCGGCCGUUACUUUCCAGAGGGAGGAGUCCGGUCCGAUAGGCCACUUCCGAUGCCGCAACCCGAGCUGACUUCCAAUGAUCACAACCGCUUACGACGAGGAACGUUCAACUCGGGCUCUGUUGAGAAAGGUGUCAUCAAGGGCUCGAUGGCUCGAGUCGUCGGCACCCAACCCACGUUGCAGAAGCUGUUUCUGUAAUAUCAUCAUAUACCAUCCAUCUGUCCAUCAGUACUGUAUCAACGGCCAUACCCCCAUAUAUAUGUCAUCCAUAUUCAGCAUCUUCACGAAAACGAAAAAAACGUUAUAGUAAACGUCUCUCGUCGUCAAUUACAUGCACACCAACCAUCCUGAAUUCCAGAGGUACACUAAUAACAAUGUCUAAAGUUCUAGCCAGAAGC